GCUCGUACUAGAGACGUGCGGAAAGCAGACCGACACACAACAAUAACGCGCGAGGAGGAGCGCGCAGGCUUCGGGAUGGAGCUCGCGCGGAACGAUCCCAAAACCGGCCGUUGGUUUAACGGAGAAAGCGCGGAUAUUGCUGUGUGAUGAUGAAACGGACGCCGCUGUUCGCUUGGAGUUGUUCAGGCUGACGCGUUGCGCGUGGAGGUUAUCAGCGGGAACGCGCGUGGAAGGACUGGAUUUAAAGGGCCAGCAGCACGCAAACGCGAACAUGGACCAAUGCACCACGGCUCUGGAUCCAGACCAGGAUAAACAGUUUUGCGAGCUUUGUGGAAAGAUGGAAAACCUUUUAAAGUGUGGUCGGUGCCGGAUCUCUUUCUACUGCAGCAAGGAGCAUCAGAAACAGCACUGGAAAGAACACAAACUCACCUGCAUAGAGGCGGACAAGACCAAGACUGUGCCACAAACUCCACAUCAGCAGGAGAAACCCACUGAUCCAGAAACAAAAGAUCUGAUCACCAGAACAGCAAGCUCAGAAGCUGACAGCACUACCACCAAACCCCAAACUCACAAACUGGCCACUGACUAUAUAGUCCCAUGCAUGAACAAACACGGCAUUUGUGUAGUGGACAACUUUCUGGGUGAAGACAUGGGGCUGUCCAUUCUGGAGAACGUGAAAGCUCUCCAGCAGAGCGGUAAAUUCACUGAAGGACAGCUGGUGAGUCAGAAAAGUGACUCUACUAAGGACAUCAGGGGGGAUAUAAUCACCUGGAUCGAGGGGAAGGAGCCUGGAUGCGAGAAGAUCUGCUUCUUGAUGAGUCGCAUGGAUGACCUGGUCAGGAAUUGCAAUGGAAAACUGGGAAACUACUCGAUAAAUGGAAGGACGAAAAUUUCUCUCCUGAUUCAGACCAGACCACUUUUAACUGGAGGAAGCGUUGGAUUUAUGGAUUAUGGAGUAAAACACACAGCCUUUGUCUUCUCCAGAUGUUCACUGAUGGACUGGAGUGCUGUGGAUUAUUGUGAUGUUUUUAUCAGCUGUUUGGACCCUCAUUCUGACGGCACCCAUUCACUGCAGAGCAUGUGAUGCAAUGCUGCAUUUCUCCAAAUCUGAUGAAGAAACAAACUCAUCCUAAUCUUGAUCAGAGGGUGAGGAAAUGGUCCGAAAAUUUACGUUUUUGGCUGAACUAUUGCUCUAAGCUGGUUGUUUGCAGAAAUCCAAGAUCUGUCUUGAGAAAGGAGACUGAUGCUUCGGCAGUUUGCAUCUGUCAGACGAAUAGGAAGAGAAGAUGCACGGUGGUGUGUCAUGGAAAUGCCAAACAUGUUCAAGCAUAAUUGCUUGCAACUCUCUCGUGUUAGUAUAAGGUAGAGCCAAAGCCCUUCUGACUUAAUGUCGACUUUUAAUUUUAAUUAAGUUCUUUAACAUUUUUUUUCAGUUUUUUUUUUAUUUUCAAUAUGGCACGUAGAUGAUCAUUAUUUGAAUGAUUUACCUACAAUAAUGAGAUCUUUGCUUCAUUAAAAAAAAAAAAAAGGUGUAAGAGUUACUUUGCAAUACAGGAGUUGCUAGUAAAUUUCCUAAUUAUUUACAAAGAAACGGCAAAUUCAGAUUAAACAUGAUGAAGGUUGAAAUGCAAAAACUGGAAUUGCAUAUUUUUAAAUGUAUAAAUGUAGUCAAAUAUUGUUUGUUUUAUUUACAACAACAAAAAAAUUACAGAUGAGGUUAAUAAUUUUUGGCAUAAAUUAAACAAGUUCAUUACUUAAAAAGUUAGCUGUUCCUAAUUGGGUUGCAUCUGCAUAUUCUGCUUUAAAUGCCCAAUUUAACAGCUUUACCUUAACAGGUCUUUCAAUUUACUAAAAACACAUAAAAACACCUGAUUUCAAUAUUUAUGCUCCUUAUCCAGUUCUAUGCAAAGCACGCUGCCCAAUUUUCAAAGUUAAAACAACUUAAUUAAAAAAAAGAAUGAAAUUAAAUUCUGCAAUUAAUGCGGAAAUUUGAGUUUAAAUUACACACACUAUUAAUUUGAUGUAUUUGAUGAUGCUUUAUAUGUUCUUAGCCAAUCAUAUUUUUCUUUUUUUUUUCUUUCUUCUGACAUCAGUGGCAGAUCAGGAAUAGUUUCAUACUAAUAUUGCUCCAGCAUCAUGUUUGUUCUGCAUGGGUUAAUCAUGCCUCGCUGGUGUUUGCAGUGGCUUUCUUCAAGUCAUCCUCCUUUUCCUCCUACUUAGGAAAUGAUUGUGUCCUGAGGGACUCUGUAAAUGAGAUAUUAUCACUCUAAAAUCAAAAAUAUCCAGAGGCAUUAUGAGUACUGCUGAGACUUCAUUAAAGGGAAAGUUCACCAAAAACCAGUUCUUCAAAAUAUUAGUUUUUUGUUUGUAUCAACUCUUACGUGAACUAUCUCUUUAAACAUUCAGGCUUAGCUUUCUUCCUUAAAAUCUUCUAAAUUUGUCCUAAACUAAAAAAAAAAAGUAAUAUUCAGUAAUGUAUAAGCUUUGAUUUUCCAUAAAAUGAUUUAUCACACCAUGCAACAGAUUGACGCUGUUUACUGUCCAAAUCAACACAAGAUGGAAGAAAGACUGAUCCUGUAUGGAUAUUGUGACAUGCAAACAAUGCACAUGGAGAGAAUAAGCGUUAGACAUUUUUUUUUUGCAAUGCAUCAAAGCAUCAAAGCAUGCACCAGGAGUUUUUUUUUCUGUUCUUAUCUCAAACAUGUUAUAAUGUACACUUCCUGCUUUAAAAUAAAAGUCCUUUAUUGGCAUCCAUGGCUCCUUGAAGAACCUUUAGCAACUUGCACAAAAAGUUAUUUUUAGUGAAAAAGGUUUUCUAGAUUUAAAUGUUUUCGGAAUAAGAAAAAAAAGGGUCUUUUAAAAGAAAAGUGCAUCUAAAAUGAAAGUUAACCCCCGUCCUCAGGCCAUCCAAGAUAAGGAUGAGUUUGUUUCUUCAUCAGAUUUGGAGAAAUGUAUUUGCAUUGCAUCACUUGCUCUGCAGUGAAUGGGUGCCGUCAGAAUGAGAGCAGAUAAAAACAUCACAAUAAUCCACAGCACUCCAGUCCAUCAGUUAACAUCUGGAGAAGACAAAAUAUGAAACAAAUCCACCAUUAAGAAGUUUUAACUUUAUAAUAUGAGUCCAUAUGUGCAGAUUUCGCGCCUGAUUCAGACCAAAUUACGUUUUCACUGGAGGAAGCUAUAUUAUGGAUUACUGACCUGAAACGCAUGCGUUAAAACUCUUUAAUGCUGGAUUUGUUUCAGCGUUUGUCUUCUCCAGAUGUUCACUGAUGGACUGGAGUGCUGUGGUUUACUUGUGAGACUCUCAUUCCGACGGCACCCAUUCACUUCAGAGCAAGUGAUGCUUUUUACAUAAUCAGCUGUGUGGACUCUGGGGGUACUUUUAGAUGGUGUUUUAACGAUUAUAUGACCAGCUCAUCACUAAUGAGGGAUCCUGCUGUCAGGCUUUUAUAGUUCAGAGGACAGGAACUCUCUUAAUAUUCCGACAUCGGCUCAAACUCACUGGAAUGUAAACAAAAUCCCUCCGCGGCCGGAUCGUCCUGUUAAUGAGGCUGGGAGGAAUGCGGAAGAAUGACAGCAGUAGGAUGGAGCAACACACCCCACAUAAACACAUCCUUUACAGUAAGGGCCCAGGCGUACGUUAUCUUACACACAUCCACAAUCCAGUUUCCAGCAUGGAGCAUGCGGUCAAAAGAAAAGGUCCUAGUAAAAAUGCUUUUCAAUUUAAUGUAUUCAUUUAAAAUUAAUACAUGGACGUGAAAUAGUGAUUUGAAUUGAAGGAUAAAAUGUGCCUAAAUAUUUGAAAAACUAGUUAGUACCUGGAUUGACCAAUCAGAAACAAGUAUUUCAGACAUCAGCGUAACAAUUGACUUUAAUGCGAGUUUAAAAAAAGCAAAUUGUGAAUGUUAAUUAAGCUGCUAUUUUUUAUCAAUCACAACUAUUUAAGUGAAACUUAAUUAUGAAUGUAUUAAUUUAGCAGUUUUAUAUUGUCCCAGUA